UUUGCUCAGUUUGAAUUUCAAUACGUUAGUUUUUGGCCAUUAAAUAAUAGAAAAGAAAAUUUAAUACCUUACAGUUGUUGUUUUUUUUUGUUAAUAAAGAAAAUAAAUUUUGUGGUUUAAAAAAAGAAUAUAUUUAAAACAAGAUUAUCUUAAACCUCUGAUUACACACAAAUAUGGCAAAAUUAUGGAAUGCUUUAACUCGGCGGAAAACCGAUGAUGUCAUCGAAAGUGAAUCGAAAUUGGCGCGUGUCUUAACUCUGCUCGAUUUAACGGCUCUUGGUGUGGGUAGUACUUUGGGUUUGGGUGUUUAUGUGCUGGCUGGUUCAGUGGCAUACAAUAUAGCCGGUCCGGCUGUGACUCUAUCAUUCCUCAUAGCAGCUGUUGCCUCGGCCUUUGCGGGCAUAUGUUAUGCAGAAUUUGCUGCCAGAGUUCCAAAAGCAGGCAGUGCUUAUGUUUAUAGUUAUGUGACCAUAGGAGAAUUUGUGGCCUUUACAAUUGGUUGGAAUUUGGUGCUGGAAUAUGUGUUAGGUACUGCUUCUGUGGCCAGAGGUUUAAGUGGCUACUUUGACUCUCUAAUCGAUAAGAAUAUGUCUAAGGCCUUAACCGAGGCGGUGCCCAUAAAAGUGGAUUUUUUGGGUGAAUAUCCUGACUUUUUGGCUUUUGGCGUGGUCUUGCUGUUAACAGGUUUAUUGGCCUUUGGUGUUAAGGAAUCUAGUUUUCUUAAUAACAUUUUUACCACUGUCAAUAUCAUAACAAUCUUAAUUGUCAUCAUAGCCGGCAGUAUUAAUGCUAAUACCGAAAACUGGUCCAUACCCCAAGACAAAGUACCAGCUGGCUUUGGUACUGGUGGUUUUAUGCCUUUCGGUUUUGCCGGUGUCAUGGCUGGUGCCGCCAAGUGUUUUUAUGGUUUUGUGGGUUUUGAUUGUAUUGCCACCACUGGUGAGGAGGCCAUUAAUCCCAAACGCAAUAUUCCCUUGGCCAUCGUUAUUUCCCUGAUCAUUAUCUUUUUGUCGUAUUUUGGCGUUUCUACCGUUUUAACCAUGAUGAUUCCCUAUUUUGAUCAAGAUCAUGAUGCUCCCUUCCCGGCCGCUUUUGAUGCUAUAGAUUGGAUUACGGUUAAAUGGAUUGUGACAAUUGGUGCGAUUUUUGCAUUGUUAACCAGUUUGUUGGGCUCCAUGUUUCCGUUGCCUCGUGUUUUGUAUGCCAUGGGCAAUGAUGGUAUUAUGUUUAAGAGAUUGGCCAAGGUCAAUGAUUAUACUCAGACACCUUUGAUAGCCACCAUUAUAUCGGGAUUUUUUGCUGCUGUCAUGGCUUUAAUAUUCGACUUGGAUCAAUUGAUCGAGAUGAUGUCCAUUGGAACUCUAUUGGCCUAUAGUAUUGUAGCCAUUUGUGUAUUAGUUCUUCGCUAUCAAGAUGAGGAUAUGGAGAAAGAGGUUACCGUUACCAUGCCCACAGUUAUUAAGCAAUUCUUCAAUGGCAACUCGUAUCGUGUGCCAAAUGUAUUGUCUUCAGCCAUUACGAAAAUCGGUGUGGUUCUCUUCGGGGUCAUCAGUGUUUUAUGGUGCAGUUUGGAUAAGAUAUUCGUUUUCGGUUCCACCGAUAGUAUUAUAGCGCUUAGUGUAGUGGGAAUUGUACUAAUAAUUAUUGUAGUCAUUAUUGGCUAUCAACCAGUUUCCACUUUAGAGUUGACAUUUAAAGUACCUCUUGUACCUGUAAUACCCUGUCUUAGUGUAUUUGCCAAUUUGUAUUUAAUGUUCCAAUUGGAUAUACAAACCUGGAUUAGAUUUUUGAUAUGGGUAGCCAUUGGUUUCUUAAUUUAUUUCGUAUAUGGCAUAAGACAUUCGACACAGAUCACCAGAAAUAAAAAUCAUGCCGAGGCAGCCAUGAAAAUGCAGCGUACAAAUGAGGCCUACGAACCGGAUUGGAAGUUGGAAAAUGGUAAAACCGAAAAGAUGUAAGUUGAUUACGAUUGAAUAACAUAGUUAGGCCUUAAAAAAGACCAUGAAUAAUUGGUUUAUAUGUCUGUUAGCCUAAUAGCUUUAUUAUAACAGAGAAAUUUUAAGUAUUUAGUUAUUUUUACUGCAUUUUUUCUCA